AUGUACAGGCUCGCUAUUAUUUCCUUUGUGAUCGCGAUCGCGACGUGCCAAAACCAGGAGGGCGCCAGACGUGUCCCUAAAUAUGCCGGAGACCCAAAAACGGCCGCCAUCGUUCAGGAAGCACGCUACCUCAACGGAAAUGGAGCUUUCGGAGCCGCCUACCAACAGGAGGACGGCAUCGACUUCAAAGAAGAAACCGACGCUGACGGUAACCGGAGGGGGAGCUACUCCUACAUCGACCCCACUGGACAAAGAAAAACAGUGAACUAUAUCGCCGGAAAGAACGGAUUCCAAGCCAUCGGUGAUCACAUUCCUACCGCUCCCCAACCCGUCGCGCCCACUCCUGGUUACACGCCCGACCCGCGAUACAACUCUCCGGAUUACAAAGCGAACCAGUACACUGCACCUCAACAAUAUACGGCACCUGCUCCCGUUCGCAAUUAUGGAGGAAAACCUAAUGAAGAUGAUGGACAGUACCACCCGGAGUUAUACGAGCAGGAGAACUACGUCGCGCCUCAGCAGCAAUACCAACCGCAACCACAGUAUCAGCCCCAACCCCAGCCUCAGUACCAGCCUCAGCCACAGCCCCAGCCUCAGUACCAACCCAACAACAUCUACCCUGGAGUGCAACAAGCACAAUACAGUGGAGUUCAAUCUCAACAAUACACCGCGCCGCAACCAGUGGCCCGCCAACAGUACUACGACGCCACAACGCCCCCUCCGUCCCGUUUCUUCCCUCCAGGCAAAUUUAGCCUGAACAGAGCGCCUGACGGUUACACCUACUCUUUCCACAAAGUUUAA